AGCUAAGAUAAGUACAUUCUUUUAAAACUAGUACUGUACUAUUUCACUUCAUUUUGUGUGUAAUGCUUGUUUCUUCUUAACACGAAGUUGUGCCUCACUUGGUUGUGUUGUGUUCCGUAUGUGACAUUAUGUGAAAAUAUUUUACAUUUUACGCAACAUUUCAUCUUGCAUUGUGUUAUGCGCUUUUAUUCCAUUAUGUUACAUAAGUUACAAAAUGUUACGUGAUGUUGUGUUGUAUUGUAGAGAAGUGAGUAUACUUAGUGAUCACUAAUUGUUGUCAGAUCUUCACUGUUGGUGCUGCUCUGUAAUGACACCACGUGGUGACAGAACGCUGAAGGAGGUGAUGGUAAGAAAUGAGAUGUUCAGUAUCUGAAUCACCAAAGCAUCGGACACUAAGACUCUACUUUAGAUGUUGAACAAUAAAUGAACUCAUGUUUCGGAGGAUGAUCCGUUUUUUGGGGGUCUGGUCCGGCGAGCUGAUUUGCUGCCAUCAGAUGACGUCAUGUUUCCUCAGUACCCCGAUGAAUGAGUCGCUCCCCGUCUGGAUCCUCUAUAAAUACCCGGAGGUGUCACCGGGACCCCUCCUGUCCCUCCAGCGCCCAAUGAGCCGUGGACCAGGGUGCCCGGCUGUGCUUGCAUGUGGCCCUGGGGGGCGGGGGGCAUUCCUGGGAGUCCGGCAGAGUGACGCCGAGCUUUUUAAACCUCUGCUCGGCUUCGCCUCGACCCGCAGUCCGACUCUCCGCAGGCCGCCGCCCGCGCGUCUUGACCCGGACUCAGGAGCGAGUGAGUCGGAGGAGGAUCGCGUCUCGUGAGGUUCUCCUCGUGCUUUUGGUUCCGUCCUUCACUGUUUAUGACUCCUGGAGGACUAACGGACUCUGGAUCUGCUCUCUGAACCGGAGCGCACGCGCAACUCCCAGCAGGCGGCGCGCCGCUCGCACCGCUCCUCUUCCUCUUCCUCUUCUCUCCUUUGCUGCCUGAUCUUCUGGGUCCACCCGCCUGUUAACGCGACGGGUUGACGACCUUCAGGUGCAACAUGAUGAGCAACAGCGGCUACUUGGAGCCGCAGUUCUUCCAGAGCUGCGCGGACCUCGGUGACGAGGAGGAGGAGGAGAUGCCGGCCACGGAGAAAGACCUGGCCGAGGACGCCCCGUGGAAGAAGAUCCAGCAGAACACCUUCACCAGGUGGUGCAACGAGCACCUGAAGGUCGUCAACAAGCGGAUCAACGACCUGCAGAAGGACCUGAGCGACGGGCUGAAGCUCAUCGGGCUGCUGGAGGUGCUGAGUCAAAAGAAGAUGUACCGGAAGUAUCACUCCAGACCCAACUUCAGGCAGAUGAAGCUGGAGAACGUCUCCGUGGCUCUGGAGUUCCUGGAGAGGGAGCACAUCCGGCUGGUGUCCAUCGACUCCAAAGCCAUCGUGGACGGGAACUUGAAGCUGAUCCUGGGUCUGAUCUGGACCCUGAUUCUGCACUACUCCAUCUCAAUGCCCGUGUGGGAGGACGAGGACGACGAGGACGCCAAGAAGCUGACCCCCAAGCAGCGCCUGCUGGGCUGGAUCCAGAACAAGAUGCCCCAGCUCCCCAUCACCAACUUCCACCGGGACUGGAGGGACGGCAAGGCACUCGGGGCACUGGUGGACAACUGUGCUCCCGGUCUGUGUCCUGACUGGGAAACGUGGGAUCCCAGUCAGCCGGUGGAGAAUGCCAGAGAGGCCAUGCAGCAGGCUGAUGACUGGCUCGGAGUUCCACAGGUCAUUGCUCCAGAGGAGAUUGUGGAUCCCAACGUGGACGAACACUCGGUGAUGACCUACCUGUCCCAGUUUCCCAAAUCUAAGCUGAAGCCUGGUGCGCCAUUGAGGGCCAAGACGCUGCACCCAAAGAGGGCCAAGGCCUACGGACCGGGUCUGGAGCCUCAAGGGAACAUGGUCCUUAAACCCGCUGAGUUCCUGGUGGAGACGGUCGAGGCCGGACUGGGUGAGGUCCUGGUCUACGUGGAGGAUUCAGAGGGCCACACGGAGGAGGCCCGAGUGAUCCCCAACAACGACCAGAGCCGAAGCUACUCGGUGUUGUACCUGCCUAAGGUGGAGGGGCUUCAUAAAGUGAAGGUGCUGUUUGCCGGGCAGAACAUCGAGAGGAGUCCCUUCACUGUGAAUGUCUCCAAGGCAAUGGGCGACCCGAGUAGAGUCCAGGCCCGCGGACCGGGUCUUCAGCUGGCAGGAAACGUGGCCAACAAACCCACUUACUUUGAUAUCUACACAGCAGGGGCCGGCGCCGGAGACGUGGGCGUCGUGGUGGUGGACUCGAACGCCCGGAGGGACACGGUGGAGAUUGUGCUGGAGAACAAAGGGGACAGUAUUUUUCGUUGCACCUACGUACCUGUCCUGGAGGGACCUCACACCGUCUACGUGUCCUUUGCCAGGCACCAGAUUCCCAGAAGCCCUUUCACCGUCCACAUCUCAGAGGCCUGCAACCCGAACGCCUGCCGGGCAACGGGCCGAGGUCUACAGCCGAAGGGCCUGAGGGUGAAGGAGGUGGCCGACUUCAAGGUCCACACCAAAGGAGCCGGCAGCGGAGAGCUCUGCGUCUCUGUGAAGGGACCAAAGGGCCUGGAGGAACCCGUGAAGGUUGUGGAGGUGAACAACGGGACCUUCGAGUGCAACUAUUACCCCGUCCUGACGGGGAAGUACGAAGUGACCAUUGCUUGGGGAGGACACGCCGUCCCACGAAGCCCGUUUGAGGUCCAGGUGAGCGAGGAGGCGGGCUCUCAGAAGGUGAGGGCCUGGGGUCCAGGUCUGGAGACCGGUGUGGUGGGGAAGAGCGCCGACUUUGUGGUGGAGGCCAUUGGCACGGAGGUGGGAACGCUUGGUUUCUCCAUCGAGGGGCCGUCCCAGGCCAAGAUUGAGUGCGACGACAAAGGAGACGGAUCAUGUGACGUCCGCUACUGGCCAACGGAGGCGGGCGACUACGCGGUGCACGUGAUCUGUGACGAUGAGGACAUCAAGGACAGCCCCUUCAUGGCCUGCGUUCUCCCAGCCGCCAGCGACCUCCUCCCAGAGAAAGUGAGGUGCUACGGUCCAGGUCUGGAGCCGUUCGGCUGCAUCGUCAACAAACCCGUCGACUUCACCAUCGACACCCGGGGAGCCGGCCGAGGGGAGCUGAAGCUCUACGCCCAGGAUGCAGAAGGUUUCCCCAUCAAUGUCCAGAUCACAGAAAAGGGAGACAGCAGCUUCUUCUGCGUCUACGUUCCCACCAAACCCAUCAAGCACACAGUCAUCAUCACCUGGGGGGACAUCAACGCGCCAAGCAGCCCCUUCAGGGUGAUGAUCGGAGAAGGCAGCCACCCAGAAAAGGUGAAGGUAUAUGGUCCUGGCGUGGAAAAGACAGGACUGAAGGCCAAUGAGCCCACGUACUUCACUGUGGACUGCAGCGAGGCCGGACAGGGCGACGUCAGCAUCGGGAUCAAGUGCGCUCCGGGCGUGGUCGGCCCCGUGGAGGCUGACAUUGACUUUGACAUCAUCAAGAACGACAACGACACGUUCACAGUGAAGUACACGCCCCCAGGCCCCGGCCAGUACACCAUCAUGGUGCUGUUUGCCGAUCAGGAAAUCCCCAUCAGCCCUUUCAGAAUAAAGGUGGAUCCGUCCCACGAUGCAGCUAAAGUCACAGCAGAAGGGCCUGGACUCCUCAGGACAGGAGUUGAAGUGGGGAAACCGACCCACUUCACCAUUUACACGAAGGGAGCCGGCAAAGCCAAACCCAAGGUUUGUUUCACCAGGGCGGCAAAGGGGGAAGCUGUCAGAGACUUCGAGAUUAUCGACAACCACGACUACUCGUACACCGUCCGCUACACUGCCGUGCAGCAGGGCAUCACCUCCGUCACCGUGUGUCAUGGGGGAGACCCCAUCCCCAAAAGCCCCUUCGACAUCAGCGUGGCCCCCCCGCUGGACCUCAGCAGGGUUAAGGUUCAGGGUCUGAACAACAAGGUGGACGUUGGGAAGGAUGAGGAGUUCACCAUUGUCACCAGAGACGUCGGAGGUCAGGGAAGACUGGAGGUGAAGAUCACCUCCCCGUCCCAGCAGGCAAUCCCCUGUAAGCUGGAGCCGAGCCUGGCUGGAGAGGUGCACACGGUGAAUUACAUCCUUCUUGAGGAGGGGCAGUACAGAGUGGACAUCAGCUACGACGAGAAUCCGGUACCGGGGAGCCCGUUCAGCGUGGAGGGCAUCAUGCCGCCAGACCCCUCCAAGGUCCGGGCCUACGGUCCAGGUCUUCAGGGCGGCGUUGUGGGUAAACCGGCCCACUUUGCCAUCGACACCAAAGGAGCGGGCACCGGUGGUCUGGGCCUGACAGUAGAGGGGCCUUGCGAGGCCAAGAUCGAGUGCCAGGACAACGGCGACGGAUCCUGCUCCGUGUCCUACCUGCCCACCGAGCCCGGCGAGUAUGCCAUCAACAUCCUGUUUGCAGACCGGCACGUCCCCGGCUCGCCAUUCAAGGCUGCGGUCCAGUCGGCGUUUGAUCCUAGCAAGGUGACGGCCAGUGGGCCCGGUCUGGAGCGGGGUAAGGUCUACGAAGACGGGUGCUUCACGGUGGACUGCACUGAAGCCGGGAGCGCGGAACUCACCGUGGAGAUCAUCUCAGACUCCGGAGCGGAGGCGGAAGUCCAUGUCCAGAACAACAAUGACGGGACCUACUCAGUCACCUACAUCCCGCAGGUCCACGGCAUGUACACCGUCACUGUCAAGUACGGAGGACUCACAGUGCACAAGUUCCCUGCCAGACUCCAGGUGGACCCGGCCGUGGACACCAGCGGGGUGAAGGUCCACGGUCCUGGUGUGGAACCCAGAGGCGUUCUGAGGGAAGUCACCACUCACUUCCUGGUGGACGCCCGGGCGCACCACAAGAGCGGCGGCAGCCGGGUCAAAGCCGCCAUCUCCAACCCGUCGGGCAUCAACACAGAUGCCUACGUCACCGACAAGGGGGACGGCACCUACCGGGUGGAGUACACUCCAUACGAGGACGGUCCACACCUGAUUGAGAUUUUGUUCGAUGAUGUCUCGGUGCCGAAGAGUCCGUUCAGGGUUUUGGUGGCGGAGGGUUGUGACCCCAGUCGGGUCCGAGCCUACGGUCAAGGUCUGGAAGAAGGUCUGGUUAACAAACCAAACCGCUUCACCGUGGAGACCAGAGGUGCUGGCACCGGAGGUCUCGGGCUGGCCAUUGAAGGUCCGUCUGAGGCGAAGAUGUCCUGUAAGGACAACAAAGAUGGAAGCUGCAGUGUGGAGUACAUCCCCUUUACCCCCGGAGACUACGACGUCAACAUCACCUUUGGAGGCCUUCCUAUUCCAGGAAGCCCAUUCCGGGUGCCAGUGCGAGAGCUGGUGGAUCCCAGUAAAGUGAAGUGCACGGGUCCCGGACUGGGAAGUGGAGUCCGAGCCCACGUGCCUCAGACCUUCACGGUGGACUGCAGUAGGGCCGGGGUGGCCCCCCUGGAAGUCCAGCUGUACGGGCCCACAGGUGUGACCGAGCCAAUCAGCAUCACGGACAGCAGAGACGGAACUCACACCGUGACCUACACCCCCGCUGAGGACGGCCCGUACACGCUGUGCGUGAAGUACGCCGACCAGGAGGUCCCUCGUAGUCCCUUUAAGAUCAAGACGUUACCGGCUCACGAUGCGAGUAAAGUCCGAGCCAGCGGCCCGGGUCUGAACACCUUAGGGGUCCCGGCCAGUCUACCGGUGGAGUUCACCAUCGACGCCAGAGAUGCCGGAGAGGGACUGCUUACAGUCCAGAUACUGGAUCCGGAGGGAAAACCCAAGAAGGCAAAUAUCCGGGACAACUGGGAUGGGACAUAUACAGUGUCCUACGUCCCUGACACCGCGGGACGCUACACCAUCACCAUCAAGUACGGGGGGGACGAGAUCCCCUACUCGCCCUACCGCAUCCACGCCGCGCCCUCUGGUGACGCCAGCAAGUGCCUGGUCACAGUGUCGAUUGGGGGUCACGGACUGGGAUCAGUUAUGGGCCCGUCCAUCCAGAUCGGAGAGGAGACUGUCAUCACUGUGGACGCCAAGGCUGCUGGGAAAGGUAAAGUCACCUGCAAGGUGUCGACCCCGGAUGGGGCGGAGCUGGACGUGAACGUGGUGGAGAAUGCCGACGGAACCUUCGACAUCUACUACACGGCUCCAGAACCUGGGAAGUACGUCAUCACCAUCCGCUUCGGGGGGGAGAACAUUCCCAACAGCCCCUUUCACCUGGUGGCGACUGAUACCGUCCCAAUAAUAGAGGCGCCCUGUGAACAGCUUCAGUUACACCAGCCCCUCACUCCCUAUACGGGCUGCUCGCCUCCAUGGGCCACCGAUGAUCCCAUCAGCCCCGUGGACGUGAUGAAGCCAGUGCUCCGCCCCUUCAGUCUGGUCAUUCCCUUUACUGUGCAGAAAGGAGAGAUCACUGGUGAGGUGCGAAUGCCGUCCGGUCGGAACGCUUGUCCUCACAUCACCGACAACAAGGACGGCACUGUCACGGUGAACUUCUCCCCCACGGAGCGAGGUCUUCACAAGAUGGACAUCAGAUACGAUGGGAACCACAUCCCAGGAAGUCCGCUGCAGUUUUACGUAGACGCCAUUAACAGCGGGCACGUCACAGCGUACGGCCCCGGCCUGAGUCACGGCACUGUGAACCAACCGGCCACCUUCACCAUUGUCACUAAAGAUGCCGGGGAAGGCGGUCUGUCUCUGGCCGUGGAAGGUCCGUCCAAAGCCGAGAUCAGCUGCAAGGACAACAAGGACGGGACCUGUACCGUUUCCUACCUGCCUAGCGUCACCGGGGACUAUAACAUCAUUGUCAAGUUUGACGACAAGCACAUCCCUGGGAGCCCGUUCACUGCCAGGAUCACCGGUGACGAAUCGGUGAGGAUGUCUCAGCUCAAUGUUGGUACGUCGACAGACGUUUCCCUGAAGAUCACAGAGACAGACCUGAGCAGCUUGACGGCGAGCAUCAGGGCGCCAUCCGGAUACGAGGAGCCGUGUCUGCUCAAGAGGCUUCCCAACAGACACAUUGGCAUUUCGUUUACGCCGAAAGAAGUGGGGGAGCACGUGGUGAGCGUGAAGAAGACCGGCCAUCACGUGACCAACAGCCCCUUCAAGAUCAUGGUGGGCCAGUCGGAGAUUGGAGAUGCUGGCAAGGUGAAGGUCCUCGGUCAGGGUCUGAUCGAAGGUCACAUCUUCGAGGUGGCCGAGUUCAUCGUGGACACCAGGCACGCAGGUUAUGGUGGUCUGGGUUUGUCCAUCGAGGGUCCCAGUAAAGUGGACAUUAUCUGUGAGGACGUGGAGGACGGCACCUGUAAGGUCACCUACUGUCCCACUGAACCAGGGAACUAUAUCAUCAACAUCAAGUUUGCCGACCAGCAUGUCCCAGGAAGUCCAUUCACGGUGAAGGUGUUCGGGGAGGGCCGGAUGAAGGAGAGCAUCACCAGGAGGCGUCAGGCUCCCUCCAUUGCCAAAGUCGGCAGCACCUGCAACCUGAACCUCAAGAUACCAGGGAACUGGUUCCACAUGGUCUCGGCUCAGGAGUGCCUGACCCGGACCUUCACCCGCAGCAGCCACACCUACACCCGGACGGAGCGGACGGAGAUCAGCAAGACCCGAGCCGGGGAGACGAAAAGGGAGGUCCGCGUGGAAGAGAGCACCCAGGUGGGAGACCCCUUCAGAGACGUGUUCGGGAACUUCAUGGGUCGGGACAGUCUGAGUGGCUUCAACGGCAGCAGACAGGCACCACCUCCUCCACCAGCACCGCCACUACAGGACUGUGACUCAGGUAACCAGGAAAUGACGGCCCAAGUGACGAGUCCAGGAGGUCAGCAAGACGAGGCUGAGAUCAUCAAAGGAGAAGACAGCACCUACAGCGUCCGCUUUGUCCCUCAGGAGAUGGGAGCUCACACCGUUAACGUUAAAUACCGAGACCAACACGUUCCCGGGAGCCCCUUUCAGUUCACCGUGGGACCCCUGGGGGAGGGGGGGGCCCACAAGGUCAGAGCAGGGGGGACCGGGCUGGAUCGAGGAGUGGCUGGGAUCCUAGCGGAGUUCAGCAUCUGGACACGAGAGGCCGGAGCAGGAGGUCUGUCCAUCGCGGUCGAGGGACCGAGUAAGGCCGAGAUCACCUUUGAAGAUCGCAAAGACGGAUCCUGUGGAGUCACCUACGUGGUUCAGGAGCCUGGCGACUAUGAAGUUUCCAUCAAGUUCAAUGACGAUCACAUCCCAGACUCUCCGUUCCUUGUUCCCGUCGCCGCACUGUCCGACGACGCCCGCCGCCUCACCGUCAGCAGCCUGCAGGAGAUGGGUCUGACAGUGGGGAAGGAGGCUUCCUUUGCGGUGCAGCUUAAUGGAGCCAGAGGGCUGAUCGAUGCUAAGAUCCACACGCCGUCCGGUGCCACGGAAGAGUGCUACAUCACAGAGCUGGAAACCGACCAGCACGCCAUCAGAUUUGUCCCCAGAGAGAACGGAGUUCACUCCAUCGACGUCCGUUUCAACGGCAGCCACGUCCCCGGCAGUCCCUUUAAAAUUCGAGUCGGGGAACCGGGACAGGCGGGAGACCCUGGCAUGGUGUUAGCCUUCGGACCGGGCCUAGAGGGAGGAACCACAGGAGGGACCUCGGAGUUCACAGUGAACACCUGUAGCGCCGGAUCGGGGACUCUGUCUGUGACCAUCGACGGGCCCUCCAAGGUGAAGAUGGACUGUCAGGAGUCCACGGAGGGCUACAGGGUCUCCUACAUGCCCAUGGCUCCGGGGAACUACCUGAUAUCCAUCAAGUACGGGGGACCCCGCCACGUCGUUGGGAGUCCCUUCAAGGCCAAAGUGUCAGGACCUCGUCUCUCCGCCGGAGACAGCCUCCAUGAGACGUCCUCUGUUCUUGUCGAAACGCUCUCCAAGACAAUGGCGAUGGGGGGGGCCCUUAGCUCCUUGCCCAGGUUCUCCUCAGACGCCAGCAAAGUGGUCUCCAGGGGAUCGGGUCUGUCCAAGGCCUUUGUCGGCCAGAAGAACACAUUCACGGUGGACUGCAGCCGAGCAGGUAUUAACAUGCUGAUGGUGGGCGUCCACGGGCCAAAGACUCCCUGUGAGGAGGUCUACGUCAAACACAUGGGAAACAGAACGUACAACGUGACCUACACCGUCAAAGAGCAGGGCAGCUACAUCCUUAUUGUCAAGUGGGGGGACGAGAACGUCCCCGGCAGUCCCUUCCACUUCACCGUCCCUUAGAACAGUAGAACCCAAGUUCUACAUCUCCAUCCUGUUUCUCCUCAUUGACAUGUUGGCAUGAGACACUGCUCAUGACAUUCAGUAGAGAUGUUGAUCUUCUAACAAGUACAAAAGAAUUAAGGACUUUGAGGUUGAAAUGCUAAAAUAAUCGAUGCGUUGGAUCGAGACUCUGAAGAUUUUCAUUGAUCACGAACAGACUCAAGAGUAACGGAUUCCACCGUUAAUGCUUGUGGUUUCAUAUUUCACACGGAAGCGUUUUUUGUCUUUUAUUUAUUGUCUCAUUUUAUUUUCUUUGACAGAAAAUGUUGUUGUUGAUAGGGUAGCUCAUCAACAGAAGAAGAUGGUGGAACAACGUUUUUGUAUGAAUUUAUGUUUGACAUGUCAACCGCCCAGCUGGCAACAUGGUGCGGCCAUAAUAAAGGUUUAUUAGUUCAGCCA